AAUUGGGAAAAUGAUGAAAGAUCACAAAAUUGCACUCGAAGUCAGAAAUUCAAUGAGCAUUCGGCAAGACGAUGGGAUUUUAAUUGUAAAGGCACCUGCUGACGAAAAAUCAACUGACUAUUGGACGUUGUCGCAUUAUAAAACAAAAAACAUUGAGCAUGUUGAUUCUAAGGACAGAUGGAAACAUGCUGAGUGUUCGAUGAAACUUUCAAUAACCGAUCAGGCAAAGGACCAAGCGAUAUCGAGUGAGCUAAACGAAUUGGUUCAAACACUUUUCGACCGCUUUAUGAAAGAUUCAAAGAAAAAAAUUACACAAACGUUAGAUAGCAUUUUUAUUGCCGUCGAUUUCGUUAUAAUUACAGUCGUUAUUACGACCGCGUCAGACGACGACGAUAAUUUCCGGCGACAAUUUCCGAUAUCGCGUUGCUGA